AUGCGAGGCUGGUGUCGCACGUGGAGUGCAGGGACCCGGCAGAGCCAGGACGGUCUGGAGCAAGAAGAGGACCUCGAGGACGUACACUUCCUGGUUCCAAAGCUGACGGUGCAGCCACAGCGGUCAGAUGCGUGGGUGCUGCGGGCACAGGUGCGUGUGGGCCGCGCGUGGCAGGACAGACGCACGGCCCUGGGGCAGCGUGGGACCAACAUCCACGCCCGGCCGAGUUGGCUUCGGGAUCGUCUGCACGCACCUGCCUGGUCUCCGCGGUGUGGAGCCUGGACCAGGGUUGUCACCGUACAGGCAGCCCCUGAGGGGGCAGGGACCUGGGGGCGCUGGCAGGGUGGCCCGGAGGGUUGGGGGCCCCCUCAGGACUGGAGGGGCCCUGUCCUUCACAGAGCUCCGCCCAGAGGACGCAGGGGGGCUUUCUCUGUGGUCCGACGCUGCGUCAAGCUCUGCACCGGCCAUGAGUAUGCAGCCAAGAUCAUCAACACCAAGAAGCUGUCGGCCAGAGAUCACCAGAAGCUGGAGAGAGAGGCUCGAAUCUGCCGCCUUCUGAAGCAUUCCAACAUCGUGCGUCUGCACGACAGCAUCUCGGAGGAGGGGUUCCACUACCUGGUCUUCGAUCUGGUCACCGGCGGGGAGCUGUUUGAGGACAUUGUGGCGAGAGAGUACUACAGCGAGGCCGACGCCAGGUGCCUCUCUGUCCACACCCACGACAUUGUGGCGAGAGACAGGAAGCCCGAGAACCUGCUCCUGGCCAGCAAGUGCAAGGGGGCGGCCGUGAAGCUGGCAGACUUCGGCCUGGCCAUCGAGGUGCAGGGGGACCAGCAGGCGUGGUUUGGGUUCGCGGGCACACCGGGCUACCUGUCCCCGGAGGUCCUGCGCAAGGAGGCUUACGGCAAACCGGUGGACAUCUGGGCAUGCGGUGAGGCCCGGGAGCGGGCUGGCGGGGGGGAGCAGUGGGGGCAGCAGACGUUCCCCUCCCCCGAGUGGGACACGGUCACACCCGAAGCCAAAAACCUCAUCAACCAGAUGCUGACCAUCAACCCCGCCAAGCGCAUCACCGCGCACGAGGCGCUGAAGCACCCAUGGGUCUGCCCUGGGCGAGUCUAUUUUGAAGAAGUGGCGUUAGAAGAAAUGGGGGGUGUCGGUCGGUCGGUCUGGGCUGGACAGUUUGGGCGCAGGGCUUCGGUCCCCUGGAGGGGAGAGGAGAGGUGGGGCGGGCGGUGGCCGUGGGUCACUGGGCCUCUCCCUGCAGCGCGGAAGCAGGAGAUCAUCAAGAUCACGGAGCAGCUCAUCGAGGCUGUCAACAGCGGGGACUUCGAGGCCUACGCGAAAAUCUGCGACCCAGGCCUGACCUCGUUUGAGCCUGAAGCUUUGGGCAACCUGGUCGAAGGGAUGGACUUCCACAGGUUCUACUUCGAGAACUAUGCCCUCACGUGGAGGCAGUGGCCUCCCUCACCCCCGACCCCAGGCCCUGCUGCUGCCUGUCUGUACCUGUGCCACGUGCUUUCCUGGGACAGAAACGGGGGCUUCAAAACCACCCUAGACCUCAGUGCCCCGUGA